GUUGAAUCUAGAGAAAUCUGAAGACUGACUCAAAACAACAUCUGUGUAGGGUUCUUCCUUUGCUUCUUCGAGUCUCGAUCUCCUCUCUCAAUCUCAGUCUUGAGCUUCCUAAUUGACUUUCAACAUGGCAGAUGAUGAAGUUGUUGAUCCAAAGAAGUACCUUGAGGAAUCUUGCAAACCAAAAUGUGUGAAGCCACUACUCGAAUAUCAGGCGUGUGUCAAGAGAAUCCAAGGUGAUGAUUCUGGCCACAAGCAUUGCACUGGCCAGUAUUUCGACUACUGGCAUUGCAUUGACAAAUGUGUUGCGCCAAAGCUGUUUGCAAAACUAAAAUGAAAAGAGGUCAAGCUGGAGACUCCAUUGUCUUGAGUUUGCUACAUGUGGUUUAAAUUGAUGUAUAAAAUGCAGUGGAUGUUGAACUUUUUUACUGCAAACCAGAAUAUGCCAAAUGGCUCUGCUUCUCGGUUUUGUUUCCAUCGCAAGUUUGCGCUUAUUAUAUUUUUUUUGCUACAGACGUUGUUACUUUGCUACUUGAGUAAUUGCAUACCUAAUAAGAAGAUAUGUGCCUCUCUUUGGUCU